GUCUUCGUCGUCUUUUCUUCCACUCCAGACCUCCAUCCACUUGCAACUCUACUCUACUAACCAAUAAUCUACAAGCAUGUCCGGCGAAGCUCCUCCAUUACCUGCCUUGGACAACUCGAUGGGUGUCCUCUUGAUCGGGACAAUGGUUGCAAUGGGGCUGUGUGGCGCGAAUUGCGUGCAGGUUUACAACUAUUAUAACGUUUUCACGAAAGAUCCUAUUUGGUUGAAACUAUUAGUCUUCUUUGUAUGGGCAUUGGAUACGACACAUCAAGGGCUCAUAACACACAGUAUAUAUACGUAUCUUAUCACGGAAUAUGGCAACCCUCUGUUCUUGGGGACCAUCGUGGACACUCUACUUAUCGAGGUUCUCAUCAAUGCUUGUGUUGUAUUCCUUGUUCAGGCCUUCUUUACCUUCCGAGUUUGGAAGCUCAGCCAAAGGAACGUCGUACUCGUGGUUAUACUCUUAUUGCUCGUCUUGUCUUCCUUCAUCCUCUCAAUCGUAUACGUUGUAAAAGCACUGAGGCUCAAAGUCUUCGUGCGCCUCGUGGAAAUCUAUGCGUUAAACCGUUCAAUCAACGUUAUCAGUGCAGUCAGCGACGUGGCGAUCACUGCGUCACUCGUUUGGUUCUUGCAGAGUUCGCGUACCGGGUUCAGGCGUUCGGACAAUAUUAUCAACCGUCUAAUUCUGUUCUCCCUGAACACUGGCCUACUCACUGGCCUGGACGCUAUUGCUGCACUCAUCGCAAACACGGCGUCUCCGGAUACUCUCAUCUAUGUCCUGUUCUACGUUCUCACGAGCAGACUUUACUCCAACUCCCUGAUGGCUACACUAAACUGCCGUAAGGGCUUGAACGGUGUUGACGAGACCAGUGAACAGGGUAUAUCGUACGCCUCCAGUGAGGGCCGCUUCCGCUCUCAGCCUGUCGAACUGAGCGUGCCAUCAGGAGGAAAGGGAAAUGCACUCUCGAUCAAGGUCAGGACAGAGCGUCAAGUUGUACAUGAUCAGGAUGGAAAUAUCAAGCAUGGAGCCGACAGUGACACGGAUUCACCGUAUCAUUAUGGUGACGCAAAAACCGGAGCGUAUCCUAUGCACUCGAUGGCAGUGUAAACACAGGUGCUAUCAUCUGAAAAUUAGGACGGAGUUCACUACUCCAUGCUUCCGGUCGUCAUUUAAUCCUGUUCGCUAUUUGCGCAUUUGAUCGACUGCGACGGAUCAACGGUGUUUUCGCACAUUGCUAACAGUUCUCACUUGUGCUUUUCAUAUCGCUUUCUUUGCCCGUUUGCUUGUUCGAAGCUGCCUGCCUUGUAUGUACCAUUGGAUCGGAUUCAAAAGAAAACAAAAAGCUCAGGCCCAGGGCUGAGCGCUGCGGCCUGUUCUAGACGACAGUCUUUUCUAUUCUGUUACUUAUGCCAGUAAAGUAUUCAUCUCUUUGACCCGU